GAACGAUAAACAUUCUCCUCCACUCAAAGUCUUUCAUCUCAGUCUCAGCCUUAAAAUGGCUUAUAAUGAAGAAGGCUCAAUAGGAACCUCAUUGCAUGGAGUCACAGCAAGAGAACAAGUGUUCUCCUUCUCCGUAGAUGCUUCAUCCCAAAUCCUCCAAUCAGACGACCCAACCGCUAAAUUUACCCUUCCAGUUGAUUCCGAACACCGGGCCAAAGUAUUCAACCCACUCUCAUUUGCCAAACCUCACAUGAGAGCCUUCCACUUAGGAUGGAUCUCAUUCUUCACUUGCUUCAUCUCAACCUUCGCCGCUGCACCAUUAGUCCCCAUCAUCCGCGAUAACCUCGACCUGACCAAAACCGACGUCGGGAACGCAGGAGUGGCCUCCGUCUCCGGUGCCAUUUUCUCAAGGUUAGCCAUGGGAGCUGUUUGUGACCUCCUCGGUGCACGGUAUGGAACCGCCUUCUCCCUCAUGCUAACCGCUCCAACCGUAUUCUCAAUGUCGUUUGUGACCGGUCCGGUGGGAUACUUAGCCGUCCGGUUCAUGAUCGGCUUCUGCCUGGCCACGUUUGUGUCGUGCCAGUAUUGGACCAGCGUCAUGUUCAACGGCAAGAUCAUAGGACUAGUCAACGGCUGUGCUGGCGGGUGGGGCGAUAUGGGUGGUGGAGUGACUCAGCUACUCAUGCCAAUGGCCUUCCACGUCAUCAAGCUCGCUGGAGCCACUCCGUUCAUGGCUUGGCGCAUAGCAUUUUUCAUCCCUGGUUUCCUUCAAGUCGUAGUGGGCAUUCUCGUCCUCACUCUUGGCCAAGAUCUCCCCGAUGGUAACCUUAGUACCCUUCAGAAGAGUGGUCAAGUUUCUAAAGACAAAUUCUCCAAGGUUUUCUGGUUCGCUGUGAAGAACUAUAGAACAUGGAUUUUGUUCGUUCUUUAUGGAUUUUCCAUGGGAAUUGAAUUAACUAUCAACAAUGUUAUCUCUGGAUAUUUCUUCGACAGGUUUAACCUUAAACUUCAGACAGCCGGUAUUGUAGCAGCCAGUUUCGGAAUGGCAAACUUCUUCGCCCGUCCCUUGGGUGGCUACGCAUCUGAUCUAGCAGCCCGAGUCUUCGGCAUGAGAGGCCGGUUAUGGAUCUUAUGGAUCUUUCAAACCGUAGGAGCGCUCUUUUGCAUCUGGCUAGGUCGUGCUAGUUCACUUCCCAUAGCAAUAUUAGCAAUGAUGCUCUUCUCAAUCGGUACACAAGCCGCCUGUGGAGCCCUUUUCGGUGUUGCACCUUUCGUCUCGCGCCGCUCACUAGGGUUGAUAUCGGGACUAACUGGCGCGGGAGGAAACUUCGGUUCCGGUUUGACUCAGCUGAUUUUCUUCUCGACUCCGAGGUUUAGCACGGCAGAUGGACUCUCGUUGAUGGGAGCUAUGGCGGUUUUGUGCACCGUCCCGGUUGCGUUUAUACAUUUUCCGCAGUGGGGAAGUAUGUUUUUAAGACCGUCGAGGGAUGGAGAGAGGUCGAAGGAGGAGUAUUAUUACGGCUCUGAGUGGACAGAGGAUGAGAAACGACAAGGGUUGCAUGAAGGAAGCAUCAAGUUUGCUGAGAAUAGUCGGUCUGAGAGAAGCAGGAAAGUAGCUUUGGCUGAUUUUCCGACACCGGAGACCGGAACUCCAACACAUGUCUGAAUAUUUACUUUUAUUAUCUAUAUAACCAUUUAACCCUUUCAUCGUUUUCAUGUCGUAAUGUUAUCAAAUAUCAGAUAUGUAGUGAGUAAGACCUUGCUUUGACUAGGUAAGGUUCGAUGAGCUCGGUACUUAGUAUGAAAAGGAAAAAUAUUUUAACAACUCUUUAUGUAACUAAGAAAUGCUUUUCGUUA